AUGAAACGAAUGUCGCUGGGACCGACGGGAGCAGCUCUGCUGAGAGACGGGAUCGACUCGGCCAAUAGCAAAAGACGAUCGACUACAAUACCGACCUCACAAAAGAAAAACACGGCGGAGCCAAGCCAGUUUCAAACGUACUUCAUGGCCGCCAUAGACGAGUUCAUUCGCGAUCGCGAAGAACAAGGAGCAAGCAACCUGGUCUUUUAA